CUUUUGCAGUUUUUUUUUAGGGGCCUAUAAGAAAACGAAAAAGAAGAAGCUGCAUGUUGCGGCUUUCCUAACUAUUAUUACUCUUCCAGCUCACCUGGAGCCGAUGCAGCUCCUCGAGCAGAUACGAGUGAACACCUGGUUUUCAUCGACUCCGCAGAUGUGAGUCUCCCAGAUGCAGCUCGCGGGUGCAGCAGCAGCAGUCCGCGGUGAAGCUGGAGGGAUGCCUGCAGCCGAGAGCAGCCAUGCACAGCGUGUCCUGGCCUCCCUGAACCAGCAGAGGGCGGUAGGGAGGUUCUGUGAUGCAGUCUUGAAUGUGGGAGGUGGGGUGGUCUACCUCGCCCACCGCAACAUCCUCGCCUGUUUCAGCGAACUGUUCCAGCAGCCCAGCAUGCCGGCCGCUCCCUGCAUGGAGUUCUGCCUGCAGCAGUGCCCAGACGACGGCCUGGAGCUGCUUCUGAACUUUGUCUACACCGGAGAGCUGAAGCUGGAUCCCGACAACCUGGAGAAGGUGCAGCACGCCGCCGCCAGCCUGUGUGUACCAGAAGCACUCGCACUCUGUCAGCAGUUCAAGGAAACCUCUGAGGAUCCCGCUCCUUUCAAGCGUAAGAGAGGCCGACCUAGAAAGUCGACAUCAGACGCCAACCCUCCCUGUUCAGUCAAGGAAGAGAACUUGCUCACAGGCACAACAGACAAUUCCAGCUUAGAACCCACCACAGCAACUUCUAGCAUCACCACCGCUUCCACCACCACCACCUGCAGUGCCACUGCGACCACCACCCGCUCUGGCCGGAUUGUGAAGGGCCCGAGGCGGCUGGUGACUGAUGAGAGUCCCUCCAAUGAUUUUACAGCCCCUGAUAAAUCCAGCAAGAGACCUUCAGGCGCUCCCACGGAGAGAGAAAGUGGUGAUGAUGCUGCAGAGAGCCAAAACCAAGAUCAGCCGACUGGUGAAACUGAGGUAACCGAGGCGCAGACUGAUGUGACUGACAACGGUGUCCGGCAGGCUGUUGAGGAGGUGGAAGAAGAAGACGAUGUGGGGGACUUUGAGGGCAUCGCUGAAGACACAGACGAGGAGUACGUGCCCAUUGAAGAGCCCAGUUCAUUAUCUCCAUCCACGUCGACGGUGCGGAAGCGCAAGGCCCAAAAAACUGACAAGAACGAGAACGGUGAGGCCGUGGGGGAAGACUCCAGGAAGGACUCUGUUCAGUGUCCCAUCUGUGACAAAUCCUUCAAGAGCAAAUACUAUCUCAAAGUCCACAACAGGCGACAUACAGGCGAGAGGCCGUUCGGCUGUGUGAAGUGUGGAAAGAGAUACUUCAGGAAGGAGAAUCUGUUAAUACACGAGGUCAGAGACUGUGCCAAAGUACAGACGUACACCUGCGUGACGUGCUCCGCGACGUUCGGUGGAAAAGAAGAGCUGCGUGUGCACGUCGUCUCCCACACAGGAGACAUGCCGCACAAGUGUACAACGUGUCCUGAACAGUUCAUGCACAAGAAAAACUUGACGAAUCACAUGAUGAAGGUCCACGGGUAUCCAAAACCACACGCAUGUCCACAGUGCCCCAAAACCUUCUUAACACGGACGGAGCUGCGUGUGCACGAAGCGGCCAAACAUCGAGGCGAGAAGCCGUUCGUGUGCGAGGAGUGCGGCCACCGAGCGUCGAGUCGGAACGGCCUGCAGAUGCACAUCAAAGCCAUUCACAGGAACGAGCGGCCUUUUGUUUGUAACUUAUGUGGCCAUGCGUUCUCCCAGAAGAACAACCUGAACAUGCACCUGCGUAUACACAGCGGGGAGAGGCCGUACCAGUGUCACCUCUGUGGCAAAACCUUCAGGACACAAGCCAGCCUAGAUAAACACAACCGGACACACACCGGCGAGCGUCCUUUCAGCUGUGAUAUUUGUGAUCAGCGCUUCACUGAGAAAGGCGCCCUCGUCCGCCACAAGGCCAGCAAGCACGAGGAGGGCCGACCCCACUGCUGCCACAUCUGUGGCAAAACCUUCAAAGCGAGGGAGCAGCUUCGUGUUCACCUGCGUCGCCACAAGGGCAUGAGGAAGUUUGAGUGUGUUGAUUGUGGAUACAAGUUCACUCGACAGGCACACCUACGACGACACAUUCAGAUCCACAAACGCACCGAGAACUACAACCCCCGGCAGAGAAAACUGAGGAACGUGAUCGUGCAGGAUGUGGACCGGAGUUCUGGUGAGAACGAGGCGACUGACGCAGGCGAGACAGAUUCCUUCGCAGACACCAUCCAGGAAGCCACAAACCCGGGACCUGAGUCCGGGAACGGCCUCGGCUCUAGCUGCAUAGUGAGGGUGGUGAUUGGGUCGGGCAACGCGGGGAUGGAGGAGGUGGUGUCCAACCAGAACCUGGGACAUGUCGCGGCAGCCGAGAGUUUCUCGGUGCCAGAGGUCCUGCAGCAAACACAGCUGGUCCCCGAGGCAUACGAGUCCUCGAUGGACAUGGAGGGAAUGGUUGAGAAUAUAUCAGAGAGUAAGACCUGAACACUGAAAGACCAGACUGUUACUGUGAAGACCGCUUCCUGAAUAAGACCUUAAAUGUGAUUUAAGAGAUGCUGGGGCAGAGCUGAAGAUAAAGGAACCACAUCAGAGUGAGCUACUGUUGAGUCUCUGACUGCAGGAGAGGAGCAGCGAUGAUCCGUCGUGCUUUAUUAGUUUACACAGUAAGAGAGCUGCAUGCUUGUGACGGCUGCUUGAAUGUGAAAUAAUGUUUGCGGCUUGUUUUAUUAAGCCUCUUUUCAUCAAUGUGCCUACUGCAGCCCUCAAAGACGUCUCGGUUUUGUUACCGAAGGGAAAUACAGUCACUCAUUCUGGCUCAGAGUCAGAUGAGAAGAUGGUUACCACUCUCACAUCCCCUCGGCGUCCUCGGCAACAAUGCCGUCCGCCUAAAGAUAUUAGCAUAGCUGCAGCUAGCGUCGGUUAUCAGAGCUGGAGAGUAUGUUUAAUUGAAAGGAGAUAAAAAAGAACUGCACUGCGAGCUUUUCUUGAUGGAAAAGAUGAGUUUGCUCUCCUCCCGACUGCCUUUAGUAAGAGUCUGAUUCAGUGCUCUCCUACUGUUUUAUCUGAUUGGUUGAAGUUAGCCCGUCAUGUACUGAUGGUUCGUCCAAUCACCUGCCAAGUAUUUUUUGAAAGUGCCUCCUCUUUUCAUUUAACCGUCUAGCUGCUCCUUUCAGUGUUCUCUGUUAGCUUAUAUUAGCUUAGCACAAAAACCUAAAACAGGGAAAUGAUAACAAGAACUGCCGUUGGAAGCGACCGCUACCUGGAGCUUCACAAUCUGAGUUCCUGCCCAUAAUUCACCUUAAAUUAUUUUCCCCUAUAACCUCUCUCAACAUUUUUAUUUAAUUUUUUGUACAUAUGAAACAAACAAUAUAUAACGUCCUAAUGAGAGAGCUGUAGUUUAGUAAAGCUGGUGGCCAGGCUAGCCGUUUCUCUGCUCCCAGUUUUCAUGCUAAGCUAAACUAAACCCAAACAGAUGAGAGUGGUAUCAAUCUUUUUAUCUCUCAGCACAGAACAAACAAGCAUAUUUGUCAAUGUCAAACUUUUGCUUUGAGACUCUGACUAGAGGAGAUGUUGAUUAUUUUCAUUGUAGAGAUCUUGGUUUAAAGGUGCCCUGUUGUCUUUCUGACUACUAGUAUAACGUGGGUAGCAACAAUCAUGCAUAGAUUAAACAUAGAUACAAAUAAUUUCAAAUUAGCUUUACAGAUAUUCACUUUUGCAGAAGGAAAUACAUUCAACUCAUCUGUUAGAUCUAAAUAUAAAUGUAAAGUGUUUUUUGUGAGGAUCACUUAAUGUAAAUGCUCAUUUUGUUUGUUGACUCCAUGGGGCACCUUUAUAAUGUGUGGUAGUGUUUGCUUUACCAUCUCCUCAGUGAACAUGUGGGAACAGACGCACAUUCUUUACAGUCAUCAGAACAUUCUUACUUGGAAUUAAGACGCUACACAGGUUAAUGCUUUAGUGUUAAAAUAUUCAGCUUUAUAUAAGUGGACACAUCAGCUUCCUCUCGCUAUUCAUAACAAACUAAACACAUUUGUCUUUUCACUCUCAGCAACAACUACUGUCCAUCGUUUGUAAGAAAUACGUUUAGCAACCUGCUAACAAAGCUCAUCAAAUGUGACUCUGCAAAAUAAAACUUUCAGACCUG